UACAUAAUUCCAAACCCAAUUAAUUAGUUUCGGGUAAUUAAUAAAAAGGAUAAAGGUAAACUUAUUGCCCGAUGUUGGUAGUUUCAGCAGAGUUUUUAACGUUGAUUCAAAAUAUACACACAUUGAGGAUGAAAGUAUAUAUUUUGAUCUGUACAAUAUUAGCUUUAACGGCGGACAUAAAUGGCACGGUUUGUAAUCUUGAACCUUUUGUCCAAGGAUCAUGCCUGGAACUGACAGACCUCUAUUCCUAUGUUGAAUAUAAAAACGACUGUGUAUUCUGGCAGGGAUGCCUUCUAAAUGGAAAUCAUUUUAGCAAAAAAGAGGAGUGCGAAGACAUGUGCAAGCAAUAAGAUUUGUUUUUAAUUUUGAGGAGGAGUGCGAAGACAUGUCCAAGCAAUAAGAUUUGUUUUAAAUCUUGAGAAGUGCGAAGACAUGUGCAAGCAAUAAGAUCUGUUUUCAAUUUUAUGGAGCCCCCGUUAUUUGCAAAAAAUUUUAAGUAUGUAAUAUCCAGAACUAAUUCUAUUAGUUGUCUAUGUAUAAAAACACUGUCAGUUGAUCAGAGCUCGUUGUUUGGA